AUGACACCCGAGAUCGAGGAACUCAUUGCAGCUGGAGUGAAAAUCCUCAUCUACAACGGAGAUGUCGACACCGUCUGCAGUCACGUAAUGAACCGCCAGUUCUUAACGAAACUCAAUCGUACCAUCAUAGGUGAAGAGAGAGUAAACGAACCCUGGCACUAUUUAGGCGAGAAUCCAACUGUAGCCGGUUUUCAA